AUGGACGCCUCGACGUUCUAUGGCGGAACGAAUAUCCAGAAUCACGCAGCUGCGAGAAGGAAAUUGGAUGAUGAGACGGCUGAAGAGCUGCUGGAAAAAAUUGCAAAUGGAGAUAUUUCGGACGGGGAUUUUUCUGAUGAUGAAUCCGCCGAAGCUGACCUGGAAAGCACAGACGCUAAUGCCGGGAGCAGCGAAUUAACGAGCACUUCAGGAACUCCAGGAAGCUCGCAGGCUGUCCAUGUGCAGCCGAAAGACCGCAUCGCAUCAAAGAAGUUUUCUGUGAAAUGGGAAGCGAAAGAAUUUUCUCCCACUGACACUGCUUGUUGCUAUCGACUGCAAGGAGGCUCAGUGCCGCAGGAGCCACUGGUGUAUUUUAGCCGGUAUUUUUCACCUCAGAUCUUUCGAGAUUUUGCUAAAUUUACAAGCAUGUAUGCGCUUCAGAGAGAUGGCACUGAACUUGGAACCACCGAAGAAGAAAUCAAGGUUUUCUUUGGAAUGCUCAUGCUCAUGGGGGUUUUGAAAUUCCCAAGAGUGCGGAUGUACUGGACUACUGCCACAAGAAUUCCGGCAAUUGCUGAGGCAAUGAGUGCGAAAAGGUACUUCAAGGUCAGAGCCGCCUUACGCAUUUCGGAGUCUAAUGCUCCGCGAGAUCCAAACAGCCAGGACAAGUUUUGGAAGGUUCGUCCGGUCAUUGAAGCAGUCAGGCAGCGAUGCUUGCUGCUGCAGCCUCUCGAGCAUAACAGCGUGGACGAACAGAUGAUUGCAUUUACGGGUCGCGUUGCAGCGAAGCAGUUCGUCAAGGGAAAACCCAACCCAGAAGGGGUCAAGGUGUUUGUCCGCUGCAGUUCCGACGGCCUCGCACAUGACUAUGAGCUAUACCAAGGCAAAGGCACUGGAGUGAGCGCGCAGCAUUCCCACCUCGGACUUGGUGGCUCCGUUGUGAUGCGACUUGUCCAGACAAUGCCGCAAGGACAAAAUCUAAAGUGCUUUAUGGACAACUACUUCUCAUCAGUGAAGCUUUUUCUUGAACUGAUGGAGAUAGGUAUCUUGGCGAGCGGCACGAUUAGAGCAAACCGCUUGCUUGGAUGCCAGCUGAAGACCGAAAAACAGAUGAAGACAGAAGGCAGAGGAUGCACUGAUCACAAAGUUUCUAAAGAAGGAGACAUCGUGCUGGUCCGUUGGCAAGACAAUGGCGUGGUCAAUAUGGCCUCAACGCAUGUGGGAACCGGAAACACCGGCAAGGUGAAGAGGUGGAGCGAGUCCAGAAAAACGCACAUCGACAUAGACUGCCCUGAUGUAAUUCUUCAGUACAACAAGUACAUGGGAGGAGUCGACAAACUUGACUUCGUGAUGUCGUUCUACCCCAUGCGGACGAAAACGAAGAAAUGGACCGUAAGAGUAAUAUCUCACUUCGCCUCUUUCUCUUUGGCAAACAGUUGGCUAGAGUAUGUAAGAGACGCAGAUAAGGAAAAGCUGCUCAAAAAGAACACUAUGGACAUGCUGGCAUUCCAGACAGAUGUCGCCCAUAGCCUAAUAACAUGCAACAACACGGCCCAAAAGAAGCGCGGUCGGCCAAGCAAUGAAAGUCCCCAGCCGGUGGCAAAGAAGGCUCACAAUGCCGAGCCACUACCCACGAACACAGUUCGGUAUGACGGCUGCUAUCACUGGCCAGAACAUGUCAGCAUGCCAUUUGCCCAACGGUGCAGACGAGAAGACUGCAGCUCAAAAAGCCGAAUUCGCUGCAAGAAGUGCGGCAUUUUCCUUUGUUUGUCGGCGCAGAAGAACUGUUUCUUCCUGUUUCAUACGAAUUAGGCUGGCAGAUCUGGGGGUCGAGAUUUCUAGAUGAAACACCCUUCUCUUUUAUU